ACUUCUAUGUUAUCAAAACUGUCUGUCAGAAGAGUUGUUUUUAGGUUAGUAUAAGUCAUUUGGAAAUAUUUUAAAAUUCUAGUAUCUUUUAAAUAUACUUAAAUAUGUCUGCACUUCAAGCUCCAGUAAAAGUUUCGCCUGUUAUAAAGUUUUUCCGAUGGAGUUUUCUAUCAGCAGGAGUUCUUUAUGGAGCUUUUCAUCAAAGCAGACUUUCCAGAAGAGAAAAUGCUCGACGAGAACUUGAAGAGAAAGAGAGACCUGCACGAGAAGCAAAAUUAGCAGCUGAAAAGAAAAUAAAUUCUGAAAGGGAAAUUAAAGAAUUAGAAGCACUAAUAGCCCCCGCAAAGUAAAUCAUCAUAUUAAAGAUAUACAACCUUUUUAGAAAGAAUAUGUAAUGCUUUUAUGUACAAUAUACAUUAUACUAGAUAAAUAAAUCAUAUAUUACUCUU